AGCUGCCCUGGUUAUCUUGGGGGGGACAGGGGGCGCUGCAGCCCGCGCACGUGAGCCCUGCGGGGUGGAUGUGCCGCGGAGGAGGCGCCGAGCCAGCCCAGCCUUGGCUUUCGGGGGAUGCCCAGCAGGGCAGCGAUGACUUGAGGCUGCGCUUUGCCAUGGAUGGGAUGACCUGCUUCAUGGUUGCUUUGGUGACGCUGGUGUUCUGGUGCCCGGGUCAGCCUGGGUGCAUCGCCCGCCGCCCAGCCCUGGGAACGGGUCUCCCGGUGCUGCUGCCUCUGCUGCUGUCCGUGCCGGCCUUCCUGGGCUCCCCGAUGGCAGAUGGUGUAUCCUUGGAGCAGCAAAAUCUUUCCUUACUCUCAGUGGGAUCUAAACUACAUCAAAGUACAGUGAGCAGCAUAGCACACAUGGCCUUAACACAAAGCACAGUACAACCCCAGGAAAAUAAUUUUCUUCAUGUGGUUUUAUCAUCACUUACCACUCCCUUUGAUAUGAAUUUAUUUGACCAAGAAAGAAUGAGCAGAAGUUCAGAAGGAAGAACUAUGCCAGUGGGAGAUGUCACAGUAACUAGCAAUGAAGCAUUUUUAAGUGACGAUGGAUUGAUUAGCUCCUUUCCGAAUGAACAGUGGACUCCUUCACUAAAGUCUAUUACAGUGGAGUAUCAUUCAGAUAAUUCAGUAGAGCCACCAAGAGAAACCUUAGAAACUGUGUUGCUAAAACCUUCAUUAUCUGUCCUUUUGUUGCCAUAUGACGAAAUGAAAACAGCACAACAAAUGACAACAUCACGUGCUGCCUCUGGUCACAGUCGUGCUUUCACACAAUUGAAGCCUUUUGCUCCAGAUGGUAUAAUUCCGACUACAAGCAGAGACUUGCUAUUGUACCCCACAAAUACAGAUAUUUAUUUAAGUUCCACUACAUCAGAGGUGGUGGUUGGACUGGCGGGAAAUGUAGAUGGAAGCUAUGCAUCUAGUUCAGACUCCUCACUGUUUUUGCCUUUUGAUACUACUUCAGAAGGGUCCUCUGUUCUUACAAGACAGCUGAAUGAGGAUAGCCAACUUAACCCAGAUGCUUUGGCAAAAAGUACUGAUCAAUACACUGAAGCUUACCCUGAUGUGAAUAGCGAUGCAACAGAAACUUUGGAUCUAAGGACCUAUUCUGUUGCAAGCAUUUCUAGGGCAGCACCUGUUUUGGUAACCAGCAUGGAGCCUGCUUUGUUUUCAAUUAGUCUUCCAUAUGUGUCUUUCCCAGUUCACUCAGCUGCUGGUUCCACUGACUCAGAUACUUUUGUUACUGAUGACUUGUUUACACAUGUGUUUUCCCAUAAAUCCUCCAGUACAACACCAAAUUUGCCUGGCAAUUUAGAAAUACCAAGUCAAGUUGAGCUCUUCAGUGAGUUCAUAAGCCCAGUGCCUUUCACUAGACCAUAUGCUUCAUGUUCAUACUGUGACUUUGCCUCAGUUCCACCGGAACAAGUGUUUUCAGCAGGACACACAGAACAUGAUGUGGGUUCGGGUGAUUAUAUUGAAACAUUGUCCUUCACAGCCUCUGAGGAAAAAGGCAUUACUCCACUUACAACUGUAGUUACUGACUUGUAUGAGCUGGAGGAGUCAACUCCUGAAAUCUUUGAUACUACUUUUCCAUCAAGACCUGUUGUUUCAUUUUCUUCAAGAAUUAUAGAAGUCUCUGAGUCAAACUUGUUUUUUUCAAACAGUGUGGACGUUGGUCUUAACAUAAUGAGUACAACAAUAUUUCCUUCCUACAGACAGCCCUCUGAAGGAAUAUCAUUGGAUAUCACUUCUGUUCAAUUCCCCUUCCCUAUUACUGAAACUGUUACUUUAACAUCUGGUAUUAGAGCAAAACCUUCUGAUAUCACCAGCGUUCUCCUUGAAUCCGUGUUUACCACAAGUGAGAAUAUACCGUCAGUUACAAUCAAACAUACAGGCCUGCUGGAAUCACCUGAAUUUAUGCCCUCAGAAUCUGUACUUUGGCUUGACAAAACACCUGCAAGUGUUUCAAUGGACAAAUCAUCUGUAAAUAUUUCAGAUUUUUCAUCCAACCUUUUAUCAACACCGUUUCUCUCUGAACCUAGCAGCUGGUCAUCUUUAUCAUCUGCUGUAUCCACCUUUUAUUCAAGAAUGCCAAGUGAUUUAUCAACACUAUUACCUCAGGUCUUCCCUACACUGCUGGGGACAUCGGUAGUUUUUGAUGAUUCCUCUAGUUGGGAUUCAACUGAGUUUCCUGCCACUGACAGCACAAGCAUAGAGGUUUCUCAGCUCUCUCCCUGGCAGACUUCAUACCUUUAUUCAAAUACGUUUUCUGUUCCAAACACACACAAUCCUGAAGUAAUAUCAUCAAGUUUUUACUCUUACUCUUCCAUGUUACUAGAAGGAACAUCAGUCUUGCUAAUGGAUUCUGAAGUUUCGUUUACCUCAGUUUUCACAGAAGCUACCUCUCAGUUAGAGUCUUCACUCUUCUCCCUUGAAUCAGCAGUUCCUAGACUGGUGCUGUCCAUUUCUGACUCAGAAUCUUUUCUCACCAGCAAUAUCUUGGUUGAUGAAACACACUUGACCUCAUGGUUUACCACCUUUCAGACAACUCCUGUCUUAAGUGUAUCUUCGUCCCUUCUCUCAACUGUUACAGCUUCAGAUGAGGAUACUGGUGCUACUGCUAACCACACGUUGCUUUUAACAUCUCUUUCCAAGGCAACUGCUAGUACAGCACAUUUUACAACAAAUCCAUAUACACUGUUGUUGCAUACAGAUGUGAACAGCAUUAUCGCUUCACCUACAGAGUCAAUUUCUGUAGUUACAUCCUUUGUACCUACACAGCUGCCUCCAUCCAUAAACACUUCCACUGAAUUUGGCACACAAACAAAAACUAGUGUAACUGAAGUUACCAAUAGAACAAGUGCUACUACUGCCACUACUACCACCAGUAGUAGCAUAGUUGGCCAUCGUACAACUACUGAGAGCAACUCAAGUACUUCCUCAUCCCCUUCUACUGCUGUAGUGGCCACGACUCCAUCUGAAGCUAUAAUUAUCACCUCUGCCAUGACCACAACCCGACAACCAUAUGUUUGUGACAUCACUGUUCCCGAUACUUACUUAAUCAUGGCUGUGCUGGCCCGCAGAGCUGUGCUAGAAAAUGUCAGUGAUUCCAUCAAAGAAGUGCUGAGAGUUCAGUUCAGGCGAUCAGUAGAACUGGAGGUUUAUAAAAUUUCCCCAAAAUUCUCUUUCUUGGUGACGUCAGGUCCUUUUGUUUACACGGCAAUAGCUGUCAUCAAUGUGCUUAUGAACAGCAGCCUUCUACGUGGUCAGGCCCCUGUCAUCCUGUCACUACAGCCUUCUUUCACCAUGCCAGAUCCCAGGUUCCAAGUUCACACAGUGCUUCAGUUUGUGCCUCGAAACGUUGAUACUGGCUUCUGUAACUUCAGCCAGCGCAUUGAAAAAGGGCUGACAAUGGCAUUCCUGGAGGUGAGAAAACAUCACCAGGAUAUCUACAACUUCACAGUGCAGAUACUGAAUAUAACUCUGAGCAAGCCUCGUGUGGCAUUUCGGCAGGGCCCUGUGAACAUUGUCUUUGCCAUUCAGGAUACAUAUGGAUUCUUGAAUGGAUCUGAAAUCAGUGAGCUGCUGAGGAACCUGUCUGUGGUGGAGUUCAGUUUCUACUUGGGCUUUCCUGUGCAGCAAAUUGCCGAACCCUUUCAUUACCCUCAACUCAAUGUGUCUCAAUUGAUGAAAUCUUCCUGGGUGAGAACAGUUCUCUUGGGUGUUGUCGACCAGCGAAUUCAGGAGGAAGUGUUUCAGGCUGAGAUGGAGCGGAAACUGGCUCAGCUGUUAAAUGAGGCUUUGACCGGAGGGCGAAUAUGGAAACGAGCCACGUUUGCAGGCAACAACAUUGUGCAGAUUGUCAACAUGUCACGGCUAGUGGGUGCUGAUAACGCUGUAGAACUGAUCUAUUUUGUGGAGGAUCAAACUGGAGAGAGGCUCAGCGCUGUAAAGUCUUCAGAUCUGAUUAACAGAGUUGACAUCCAGAGAGCCGCCAUCAUUCUUGGAUACCGCAUUCAAGGCGCAGUUGCACAACCUGUGGAUAAAGUGAAAGAGUCAUCGUCCGAGUCUCAGAAUAACAAUCUGUGGAUUAUUGUUGGUGUGGCAGUCCCAGUGGCUGUGGUGCUGCUUAUCAUUAUUAUUUUAUACUGGAAGCUCUGCCGAACAGACAAGUUGGAGUUUCAGCCAGACACCAUGAGCAAUAUUCAGCAGCGACAGAAGCUACAAGCCCCCAGUGUGAAGGGGUUUGAUUUUGCUAAGCAGCACCUGGGCCAGCACAACAAAGAUGAUAUCCUGAUCAUUCAUGAGCCAGCUCCUCUUCCUGGACCUAUUAAGGACACUACCCCUUCUGAAAAUGGAGAUGUGCCAAGCCCCAAAUCAAAGAUCACUUCAAAGCCUUCAAAGAAUGUUCGACACAGAGGGAGAGUUUCCCCUUCAGAUGCUGACUCCACAGCGAGUGAACAGUCCAGUGGGAGAGAGACAGGGGAAGAAACCGCAAGACCACCAACCUCUGCCAAUGAGGGCAAACCACGCAGAGCUCCAAAGAGUGGACCUCCGCAGCCCAGUAGUGGAAAUGAGCAGCACUCCUCAGCCUCUAUCUUUGAACAUGUGGACAGGAUGUCUCGUUCCUCAGAUGCAAGUCGACGCGUCCCCAGCAAGAUCCAGUUGAUUGCCAUGCAGCCAAUUGCAGUCCCUCCAGCUCAGAACCCAGCACUGUCUGACCGAGUAGCAGAGUCCAACAAAAUUAACAAAGAGAUACAAACAGCUCUGAGGCAUAAGUCUGAGAUCGAGCAUCACCGCAAUAAGAUCCGUCUUCGAGCCAAGCGCAAAGGCCACUAUGAGUUUCCAGUUGUGGAUGAUGUGAUUGUUGUUGAUGCCAAAGAGCAGCAUAGAAUAUACCGCAAAGCGCAGAUGCAGAUUGACAAGAUCUUGGACCCUGGGGGCAACGUGCCUACUGUUUUUAUAGAACCCAGGAAGAGUUCACGUGCAAAACGUUCUCCCAAGCAGCGUCGGAGACAUCAGAUAAAUGGGAGCCCUAUUGAUGCUGAGAAGGACAGGCUAAUCACCACUGACAGUGAUGGGACAUACAAAAGACCACCAGGAGUCAAUAAUUCUGCAUAUAUUUCCGAUCCUGACCUGCCUGCAGAAUCACAGACACCUUCUUCUCUUGAUCUCGGGAAGUACCCAGGCUUGCCUCCCCACCCAGCCUCUCAGUACAUCCCUCCACAGCCAUCCAUUGAAGAGGCCCGGCAGACUAUGCACUCUCUCUUGGAUGAUGCCUUUGCCCUGGUGGCUCCCAGUAGCCAAGCAGCCAGUUCCACUGCCAUCACGUCACCUGGGGUCUCUGCGGGACAGCCGAGAUACGUGGAAUUUGGAAUGACUCCUCCAACAGCGCCGGGUCUGCUGCAGAGGCAAAGUUUUGGCCCGGGUUUCCUUCAGCCUGCAGAGUUAAUGCACCCAGACCAGCAACAAUCCGAUGUUCAGUAUUCCUCCAGAGGGCUAUACCCAGAAGAAAUGCCAUCGGUGGCACGGCCACGACCAGUUGGAAGCACUGCAGGUUCUCAGAUACAGCACCUCACUCAGGUGGGAAUUGCUAGCAGAACCGGAGCCCAACAAGUGGAGAUUGCCUCAGUCAGAGCAGGGCAUGGCCAGCCGGGGGGACCAGGGUGGCCCCAGUAUCGUGGAGAGGAUGAAUAUGCUAGGAGAGAUGCAACACAUAUGCAUGGACAUCAAGAAUAUUCCUCCUCACCAGUAUUCCAGAUGCAGAGGACUUCCGCCAGACAGCCCUCAGCACCACCUGCUCAUCUUCCACACAGCAGCCUUCAGGGACAGGGGCUCUGCUACACCACCAGUUCCAAUGAGGACCUCCAAACUGGUCAUUCCUCGGCAUCUCUCAUAAAAGCAAUUAGAGAGGAGCUUCUGCGACUCUCACAGAAACAGACAACAGUGCAGAACUUUCACAGCUGAUUUGUCAUGCUCUUGCAAAUCUGCCAGGUAUCUGCUUCCUAUGGAAGCAAGAAUCAAAGGAAAUCAGCUACGUUUUUCUUCUGUCAUCAGAGUGAACUUCCACAGCACCAGAGAUUACACAUCAGAAAAGAGCAGCAACAAAAGGAGAGAGAGAGAUUUGUGUGGAGGCAGGGAUAGGGAGGCCAAAGUGGUAAUGUCAGAGCUGGCUAUUCGGCUUAAUCUGUUAGCAUUUACUGUGCCCCUCCUUGGUUUGAGCUAAUGAACAAAAUAAAACUUUAGGUCAAAAGCUAACCCUAAAAAAACACAUACGCGCGCACACAAACCCCCCACCAAGCAUAGUAGACGGUGAGACGCCUGGCUUAAAGAAAAAGGCAAAGCUUUCCUGUUACCAGCAAGAUGGACUGAAUUAACAUUUGAUGAGAGAUUACAAGAAUUCUAACCUCUCCAGUCUUUUUAGUGAAGUGGCUUGUUUUACUGCUUUGCAGGAUUACAAACGAUAUAAGAUCGGAGACAUUGAAGGUGUGAUCCAGCAUAGGAAAUCACCUUAAUGACAAUAACAGUAAGACUACAUAGAAAAAAAAAAAAAGGAUUUCUGAGCUACUUGUCUCAAACCAGAACAAUAAUUGUUAUAGCUCUGUGUUUUCAAAUGGAGCUACUCUCUGCACUCCUCCCCGUUUUUCUUCUGGUGCUGAAGCUUCAAGUGUCCCUUCAUCUUCAUGUUUGCAAAGUAAAACCAUGGCCUUUUUAAACCCAAGAAUAUAUCCGGAAAUUCAUUCAGAGUGGGAAAGCAAAAUGUCCAAAAAGAAAAGCCUGGAUAUUUAUUUUGUUAAAAAUACAUUGAAAUCUAGAUGAGAAUACUUAGUCAUAGUUGAAUUUUUGAGCAUAAGUAUGUAUGUUUGUCUUCUAAACAUAAAUACUCUCAUACUAUAUGCUUUCACAAGACCAGGGAUAAAAUAUACUAACCUGUAGUUUGCGGUGUGGCCAGAAAGCAAGCCAGCCUGGGUGAUGCAGGAUCACCAGCGCUAGUUAUAAAUUUACCAUAAACCACAGUGUACUUUGGGAUCUCAGUCAUAUCGAGUGAAACUGAAUCUUACAAAAGAUAAAACUUGGGGCAAAGACAUUUGGAAUAUUAACAUAAGCUUAGAUUUGUUGUUUGAGACAGUUAUUUUAUUUCUAUCUGUUCCUACUGUCCCCAUGGAUGAAGGGGCACGGUAAUGGUGGUACAUGUCUUGGAGUAUCUGUCAUUAUUUUUCCAGAGUUCAAUUUACAAUUAGCUAUGAGUUUACUAAUAUUUGGCCAUUGCACAAUUGUAACCUGCAUAAUACACGUGAAAAUUCUAACUAAGUUUUGGUUUGUUGGA